UACUUCAUCACCUAAAAACGAUUUUUUUAUAGAUUCCUUGCCACUGGUGACACCUUCUAUACCAUUGGGCAUAGCUUUCGAGUUGGCUUUACAACAAUGAGUGCAAUCGUAACCGAAGUCUGUGAAGCGAUAUGCAGACAUAUGGAGCAUACAUAUUUACCAGAACCAACAGAGAAUAUAUGGAAAAAAUGUGCUAAAGAAUUUGAAAAUAGAUGGGGAUUUCCCAAUUGCAUUGGCAGCGUAGACGGUAAACAUGUAACAAUCAAAAGACCUAACAACAGUGGCUCCAAUUACUGGUGCUAUUUACAUAAAUAUUCAAUAGUACUUAUGGCCAAAAUUUAAUGAGUGUCCCUGCACCUAGAUUUCAGCAUUUGCUUUAAAACCAUACCUUAUGAGACCAUUUCCUUAUAAGCAGACUUUAACAGAC